CGCUGGUGCGCUAUGUCCCUCGGACACAGUGGAUCAUGGAAAGAGCUGAAGAUGUCGGCUCGGUCAUGUGAUCAGCUGUGUCCAAUCACAUGGGACAUGUACACUGAUCAUCAGGGCACUGAUGAUCAGUGUGCCCUGAUGAUCAGUGUGGCCCAGAAGUGCCACCUGUCAGUGCCCAUCAGUGCCACGUGCCAGUGCCCAUCAAUGCCACAUAUCAGUGCCACCUAUCAUUGCCAAUCAGUGCCAGUCAGUGUUGCCUAUCAGUGCGCAUCAGUGCCACCUAUAAGUGCCAUAUAUCAGUGUCAUGUAUCAGUGCUUCCUUUCAGUGCCCAUCAGUGAUGCCUGUCAAUGCCCAUCAGUGCAACCUACCAGUGCCUCCUCAUCAGUG